UCGUUUCUUGUGCUCAUAUAUGGAGCUAGGAGCAGAAGUACAGGAUAUAAAGCUCAUAAUGAGGCAUUAUUGGAGCUUCGACCGCAUAUCAACCAUGUUGCUACUAGACAAGACAUCGUUCGGAUUCCUCGGGAAAUAGAUGAAAGCGUGGAGGAAGCACAAGCGAGAUUAUUCAACGUUGAUCGUGCGGCCGAUGCUGUGACUGGUAUCGAGCGAGGUGUGAAAGCAGAUCCAAUGUAUGUUGAAGAACAAACCAAUCAAAUAACGCAACAAUUGAGAGCGGACAUUGCAAAAUACAAAGCAGCGAAAAAGAAUCAUGUCGCUAGAAGCGAUUUAAAUGUGAUAUCACUCGCAAAGCGAAUUCUUAGAAUUGUAACGACUUUAGAAGUUGCCAAGUUCAUAGCCGACAGCAGAGCCCGGGAAGGCGUAGCGAUAGCAGAGCGUCGUGGCAUACAUCGUCCGACAGCGUAUCAAUUUCCACAAUAUAAUGUUGGUUAUCUUUAUGGCUUGCCUUCUGGCAACCCUGUGGAAGAUAUGACACAGCCUUAUCAGCAACCACAGCAAGAUGCUGCAUUUGCUGAACCCUCUCCCCUCGCGCCUCCCGCUCAAACGUCACAGCUAGGACCACCACCUCCACCUCCUCCACCUCCUGUACCACCUCCCCCUCCUCCCCUUCCGCCUUUACCAGCAAUUCCCCCACCCAAUUUGAUGUUCCCAGAUGCAGUCCCUGCCCAACCCGUUCAACAACAAGAACUACUUCCGGGUUUUGUCCCCACAACCAGUGCGUUUGUGAAAAACGCAAAGACGGCACCAUUACCGAAGUCCAAAGCUGUCAAAGCACCCCACAAGGAGGCUUCAAAACAACACGUGCAAUCCCAAAAACCACAUCUUCCGGUGCAAAAGCCUUCAGGGGUUAUCACUCCCGAGGAUCGUGCACAGUGGAGUAUUUUCGGGGAAUCUUUACCAAUGGAACAACCGGCAGAUAUCAGCCAAACUUCACAGGCAACUCAAGUCGAGCAGCCACAGAUGCCAACAAUGGAACAGUUUUCGUCCAGUGAAACAAAUCAACAAGCAAUGAAUCCCACUCCGCAAGAAGGCAAGCCUUCAUCGGAAACACAUGAAUUACCAGGGCUUCGUCCGCUGAACUCUGAUUUGAUAAAACAUGACCAUCACGAGAAGAAGCCAGACCUCUCAGUUAGACCACCUCCUGUUUACCAAACACAAUCUCUGUCUAACGUUGCAGUAGAUACUCCACCCUUCCCUGUGCAGGAUACCUCUGUCCCGCCACCAGCACCACCUCUCCCAGCACCUUUGGCACCAAUUCCUGCAUCGCCUCCUGUAGUUCCACCUCCUGCGCCACCAGUCCCACCUCCAGCAGUCCCACCGCCGGCGCCAGAAGUACCACCGCCUCCCCCUGUAGUUCCCCCGCCGGCAACACCCCCGAUGCAAAUGGAUUUUUCAAAUCAAAUGUUCCCGUCAAUGCAACCGAAUGUUCCCGUUGCUCCAAUUGUAUCAAAUUUCAUUCCACUAAACUCUAUUCCACUGCCUGCCUUUUUACCAGACGAUACACCAGACGUCAGACUUGCGAAAGAAAAGGAUUAUGAAACUCGUAGGUCAUCCAUUGCAGUAGAAAACAUCGAAAAAGCUAUCGGAUUGGAUGAGAAAACGAUUGAAAGCCUUAUUGAUGAUGUGAAACAGGUUUCUCUGCGCCAAACAGUUCAGUAUGAGAAUGCUGUCAUGAAGGAUAAAAAGGAAGACGAAGAGGCUGAGGGAAAUAAGAAAGUGCAAACGGAAGACAAACUUUUGCGAGAUGAAGAACUUGAAAAUAAAGCAAAGGAAACGGUGGAUCUAAUUAACCGUCUAGAGAGAGUGAUGACAAUCAUUGAAGUUGCGAAAUUCGAUGCUCAAAGAAGAGCGGACACACAAUUACAAGUCGCCGAAGCGUGGAAAGACAGAAUAUAUGGUAGAGCUAAAAAGAGCGAUAUAGAAAAGUCUCCUGAAAAGAAAAAGGACUCGGUUAAAAGAGCUGCACGAGUUCUUAGAAAAAUCCUAAAUAAAAAGAAAUACCGCAAGAACAAUAACAAAGGUCAUGAAUCCUGAAAAUAGCCACGUCACAGCGCAGUUGAAAGAAAAAUUAAAAACUGUUAGGGCAACCAGAAUAAAAGAAAAAAUUGUCAUGCAUUUAGGUGGUGACGAAUUUCAGCUUGGUCUGAGUAACUGAUCAACCAAUCAGAAGCCAGAUCCUCGACAAAGCUGAAUUAUCAUUUUCGGCUUUAUUACAUAUGUUUUCCGUACUAGAUAAAGGUUUGGAUAAUUCCAUUUUUUUCAAUACAAAAGCGCGUUUGUCAGUUUUCAUGCAGUCAAUUUUAAAUCAUAAUUUGAAACUCGCGCCCUUUAUACUACUAUCAGUGGGAAUAUCAGUAGGAAGAACGGAGCCAAAUGACUCCAUGAAGCUUAUGAUAACUCAGUUUGGUGGAGACGUCAUGAUUGACACAGAACAAUUUCUAUAAAUUAUUAUAUUUCUACAUAUUGCAUUUUUCAUACGCAUUUUAUAACGCAUGUAUAAUACUAUAUAUACUUCAACCAAUUAUAAGAUACUGUGAAGUCCCUAUAGCUCCACGCGUUUCUCAUCUGCACGGCAAAUGUGAUAUAUUCAUAUCUGCUGUGAACUACAAACUUGUCGAAUAGUCAAAACCCCUAUGAUUUAUUGGAUCAACGUCGUCAAUGAGGUGAGGGCGGGGAAGGGAUAUCUUAAUGUUUAAAGUCAGAUUAACACCUGUCCACCGAUAAACCAAAAAACCAUGGGAGUCCGAAAAUCUGCGCUCCCAGUUUGCCCCCAGAUCUUGUUAGUCUUUUAAGAGAAAGUCUAUUUCACAUUAAAAGUGGUUUUCAGUAACAAUAUUAAAUAAUAAGUAGUUUAUAGU